AUGGAUGAACUGACACCGCAACAGAAAAACCUCACGGAACAAUUCUUAACUCAACAUAUGGCGCAUUUCGAUAAAGUUAACGGCGCCACUCCACUUAUCGACCACGAGAUCUGUUUAGAAGACUCAACGCCACUCAAACAACGCUACCGACCAAGGAAUCCAGCCACCCAGAAAAACAUCGUCGAAGAAGUUGCAAAGAGGCUAGAGGAGGGGGUUAUACAACUAUCCAAUAGUCUAUGGAGCUCACCAGUGGUUAUCACACGACGCAACGAUGGAAGACCGAGGUUUUGCGUUGACUUUCGCUGA